AUGAGCUGGGCAGGAGGAGAUUGGAUGUGUAGUGCAUGCCAGCACUUGAAUUUUAAGAAGCGCGACACAUGCCAACGUUGCGAGUACCCUAAGUAUGGUGGCCCUGAUCCAUCAACAUAUAUGUGCAACAGGACGGAGGUGUUGGCAGGGGACUGGUACUGCAACUGUGGAGCUCACAACUAUGCCAGCAGACCCAAUUGCUUUAGAUGUAGUGCAAUGAAAAAUGACUAUGGCGGUGCCUAUAGCAUGAUGCCUUCUGCUGCCUAUGGAUCUGAUGGCAGUUCCCCACCUGGAUGGAAAUCUGGUGACUGGAUGUGCAAUAGAGUUGGAUGUGGAGUGCACAAUUACGCGAGUCGGACAGAAUGCUUCAAAUGCAAAACACCAAGAGAUUAUGGUCUGUAA